CCGGCGGAAGCGGAAGCGACGGCAGUAUGGCGGCAGCAGCGGCUCGGGCGGCCCUCGGGGCCCUCCUGUGGCGGCGCCUCCGCCUCCCGGCGUCCCCCGGGGCGAGCCCUGGAGCGGUUCAUCCUUGGCCUGCUUUUCAAAGUCACAGUUCCCAGAGCACUUCUGCUCAGGAAAGGGUCCUCCCCAAAACGUCACUGACUUCAGCUCCAUGGCCUAAAAUCAUACUUCCAGAUCCCAAGGAAGAGACUGAGCGUCACCGAGAGGUUCUCCGGCGGGUGAAUGAACUGAUCGCCACCGGACAGUAUGGCCGGCUCUUCGCUGUGGUCCACUUUGCCAGCCGGCAGUGGAAGGUGACCGACGGGGACCUGAUUAUGAUUGAGAACACAUUGGAGGCCAAAUGCGGAGAAAGGAUUCGAAUGGAGAAGGUCUUACUGGUCGGUGCUGAUGACUUCACGUUAAUUGGAAAGCCGCUCCUCGGACUGGAUCUUGUCCGUGUAGAAGCCACAGUUAUUGAAAAGACUGAGUCAUGGCCAAGAAUCUACAUGAAGUUUAGAAAAAGGAAAAAUUUCAGAAAAAAGAAAAUUUUUAUAAAACCACAGACUGUCCUUCGGAUAAACACUGUAGAGAUUGCUCCAAGUUUGACCUGACUGUUUGGCUGAUAUUUACCUAAGUGUGAAAAUAAACUGCGGGUUUGUUUUUUUAAUGAGGACUAGUUUGAUGUCUUCUUAAUAUUAAGUUAUUUGUGUAUCACUGUAGUUGUUUUAUGGAUUGAUUCUGUACAAUAAAGUCUUUAAUACAAAAGUAAU